CUGAAGAAACUGAGAAUGAAAUAGAAGCACUAAACCAGCUUUCUGAAAAAAGAAUAGCACAUGACAUAACGGAAAAUUCAUCAGAUAUUUCCAUAGAAACUUCUGGAAAAGAUAUUAUAAUGAAUAAGGAUGGAUCACAAGAUCAAAUGAAUGUCAGUAGCAAAAAUUUAAUUAGGAAUACAGACAAUGCUAAAAUACAAAGUGAAAAUAACUUAGAACAAACCAAUACACAAAGAACUGAAGAUGAAAAUGAUACUUAUGAUGAAUCCAAUGAUGUAACAAUUGCUAGCUCAAAUGUAAUAUUACAAACAAAGCAAGCAGAAAACUCUGAAGAGGAAGACAUGUUAGAUGAAUCAGAAGGAACAAUAGGAGAU